UGCUAUGGUUGCCCAGCGGUGGCUGUGUGGGAUUUUGGACAAUCGAGUGGGAUCGUGAACCGUGGCCAAGCGGGUUUGACCACCCGAAAGGAGCGACGAGACAGAGCUCGCGGAUACGGCAGCGCGCAUAUGUGCCGUCUUGUGGCCUCCAUCCCCUCUACGGGUCAUUGUCCCUCUACUGGCCGCCGCCGCAGUCCUGCCAUCUGCGCAUGCCUGGAGAACGAAGGCUGACGAGUCCGCUCCCCGUCGCCAUGGACGGGAGAUCCUACUCCCAAGGGAGCAGUCCCCAUGGCGUGAUCGCUCCUCCUUUGUCCGAGAGGCCUGGGCGCACGUCCGUACUUCCUCCGCUCUCCGAAGUGCCAUCGCCACGCGACACAGAGAGACCCUCGGCCAGUACUCUGCGGGGUGCCUUGCGACAAACAGUGAGGGCGGUAACUCCCGAGCCGGCCGAGGCCUCCCUCGAUGGGCUGGACGGUGCUGCAGGCGACCCAUCACGGGUUCCCCGCGGUUUCGGCUCCAUGUCGCCGCAAACGUCGCCAAGGACCAUACCCGCAAACAACGCCAACGCCAAUGCCAACUUGCCGAGUAGGCGACAGGGAGUCGUGUUCCAGGACUCGUUUUCCAGCGCCAUCGAGGGUACCUCAGCGAGCCCACCUCUCCGAUCGGCCUCGAUCCGGCCGAGAACGCACACGAUGGACGGCGCAUUUCGCCAACAGCUUGCCCCGGCCCUUGAGACGCGCAAUCGGAUGGGCUCAUUUUCAUCAGCAACUUCUCUCACCGUGACCGACGACCUGAAGAUCCCGUCGUUCCAGUCUCCCAUCGACUCGUAUAGGCAUGUCGAUCCCCAGCAGCAUUCGGCGCUGCCUUCCUCCAAAGACAAGAAGGCCUCCGGAGCCAGGAGCCGCCUGACGAAGCGGCCGACGUCGCGUCCAAGCUCGCCUCUCUCGUCUCUCCCACCAUCUGUUGACUCCCUUCCUCUCCCGAUCCCGACGACGGAUGCCAACAAGGUCCUGCUUCUCAUGAAGAACCUCUGCGGCCGCAUGCGGGGUGAGGUCGAGUAUCAGAAGGAAGCCGGCGGCCCCUGGGUGAGCGGCAUGUGCUACAUCGAAGAGGAGAGAGGCAGUUUGAUGUUUGACUCGGGCGACAGCGGCUCCUUCCAUAUCGCUCUCAUUCCCGAUCUUCGAGGCUGUCGCGUGGUUCCGGUGGAGCGUCCCGACAGGGAUGCUCACUGCCUCGAAGUCGCCAAUACUCAGCUUGGCAUCACGCUCUUCCUACGGCCGGUGGUGGCUGAGGAGCUGGAACCAUGGCUGGCUGCAUUGCUUUGCUGGCAGCAGCUACGGCCUGCUGCUGCGGCGAAACCUCAGACCGCUCGUUCCGGCAAUGUUGCCGGCCCGGCCUCCAGGACAGAGAUGAAAUGCCGCGUUUCGUCGCCCGGCCUUCGAGAACCGGCCGUCAUCAAAGUCGGCAAGGUCAUGCUCUGGGACAAGGGUGCGGCCGUAUCGCCCCGCGCUAUCGUCAGGCGGCCAUCCACCCGCGAUCUACGAUCUUCCCAGACAUGUUGGAGGAGAGUGUCGUGUAUCCUGCACGACAAUGGCGAGCUCAAGAUCAUGACGGAAAACGACGUGGCUGUUUUGUCUGUGAUUGAGCUCUCGCAGCUCGCAAGGUCUGCCAUCCAGCAGCUCGACAGGUCCGUCUUGGACGAGGAUUACUGCCUGGCCAUCUUUCCCAGCUACUCAUCGACAUCGACCCAGCUCUCCAUCUUCAGGCCUGUAUACAUCGCCCUGGAGAGCAGGGUGUUGUUCGAGGUCUGGUUUGUGUUGUUGCGCGCCUUCACGACUCCGGAUCUUUAUACCUUGGACAUCGAAAAAGGAGGGAGAGUUUCAGAAUUGACCGAUCCCCAGCAAGAACCGACAGGAGAGGUAUUCCGGGUGGAGAAGACAAUCUUCCUCAGAGUCACCGAAGCCAGGUUACGGGGCAUGACUUGGACUGCGGAAGGAGGUCACGGAGAUCGUCAAGGAAGAGGGUCACACUCUGACCAGCUGGUUGGCAACUAUCUGGCCGAAGUGAUUCUUGAUGGAGAAGUCCGCGCAAGAACUUCGACCAAGAUGGACACCAAAUACCCGUUCUGGCGCGAGGACUGUGUGUUUACGGACCUACCAGUCUCUCCACCCGACCUUUCGGUUCUCCUAAAGCGGGUAGAGGACAAUACCGAGAGCUUCGCCCAUCAAAUCCAAGCAACUCUGGGUCUAGCGAGGACGGCUAACAUGACAGAAGUCCUCUGCGGCUCUGUCGAUAUACCCCUCCAUCAACUCGACAAUGGGAAGGAUCACGAACAAUGGCUCCAAAUCUGCGACGAUAAGCAGCAACCCAUCGGUUCCAUGCUUGUCAAGGUUCACCACGAAGAACUCGUGGUCCUUCUCCAGCAAAACUAUCAGCCGCUCUCAGAUCUCCUUCACCGUUUCAGCCCCGGCCUCAUAGCCCAGAUCACCGAGGCGCUCCCUGGCAGUUUGCGUCGGGUCGCAGAGAUUUUUGUCAACAUCUUCCAGGCCUCAGGGAAGGCCAAUGAAUGGUUCAUGAACAUGGUUGAGGAAGAAAUUGAUGGGAUCGGAGCCAAAACACCAAUGAAGAAGGGACGGUUCAGCGGGCGCCUCAAGUCCGACGACUCGAUCGAGUCAAAUGUUGACAGAGAACAGGUUGUGCGCGACCUGAGCAGGUCACUCCAGGGCGAGGCCAAUCUGCUCUUCAGGGGCAAUUCGCUGCUGACGCAAGCCUUGGAGUUCCACAUGCGCCGCCUCGGAAGGGAGUACUUGAGCGAGACGCUUGCGGACAGGAUCCUCGAGAUCAACGAGAGCGACUGUAGUUGCGAAGUGGACCCGAGCAAGCUGCAGCACGGCGAGGACAUUCAGCAGCAUUGGGAUCAACUGAUUCAGUUCACCACUGAUAUCUGGAACAGCAUCGUCACGUCCGCUAGCCGUCUGCCUCCCGAGUUGAGGCAUAUUCUCAAGUACAUUCGGGCUGUUGCCGAGGAUCGUUACGGCGACUUCCUUCGCACCGUCACGUACACGUCUGUCUCGGGAUUCCUCUUCCUCCGCUUUCUCUGCCCGGCUAUCCUGAACCCGAAGCUGUUUGGGCUGUUGCGUGACCACCCUCGGCCCCGCGCCCAGAGGACCCUCACCCUCAUCGCCAAGUCCCUGCAAGCACUCGCCAAUCUGACAACCAUCGGCAAAAAGGAGACGUGGAUGCAGCCUAUGAAUCGGUUCCUCACGGCGCAGAGACAAUCCUUCAAGGACUUCCUUGACGAUGUGUGCGCCAUUCCGGCAGAGCGUACCGCAGCCCCGCCGCCGGCAUCCUACUCCACACCCACCACCAUCAUGGGCCGUCUGUCGCCGAUGGCGCGCGAGGGGUUCCCCUCGCUUCCUUACCUCAUCGAUCAGGGGCGCUGCUUCGCCGCGCUCGUAAAACUCUGGGCGGACGCCCACCCAGUUUCGGCCAGCGAAUCCCAAAUCUACGAAGGCGACCUGCUUACCUUUCACAACCUCUGCAUCGACCUCCACCAGCGUGCAAUGGACUGCCUUGCCGGUAUCGAGGCGCUUCGGUCUGCAGACACGGCCAGCCAACCGGCAGAGGACCAGGCGGCGCUGUCCGAUGUGAUGGAUCGCAUCAGCAUCGGCGAUAUGCUCAAUCUGUCCUCCUACGGCCCCGAUAGCACGGCAGUCUGGGCCGAGAGCGAAGCCCGCGCCCCCGGGUCAUCGGGCAGCGAGAUGGACGCGUCCGGCGCGAGCCCUCCAUUUGGGACGAUCAGCAUCAGCAGGGACACCCGACACGGCAGCUUCAGCCGCGACUUGAGUUCGAAUUCUCUGCGCCAGAUGCUGCGGAGUAGCGAGGCGUGCCCCAAUCCGGGGAUCAACCUGGGUAGCGAUGGCGGGAACGGCGGUGGGACUGUGCGUAGUUUGCGCAACGGAAUCCACCCGCGGAAGUUUUUCAGCGGCUUCAUUCGCAAGACCCGGACGACGUUGCCCGACUUGCCAGUGCCACCAGAACCACCGGCGUGUGCAAAUCUACGGGAAGGCGAAGGUGACCGAGAUGGGGACGCUGAUACCGCCAAAGACGGCAGGGGCUGGGAGAGGACCAAGGAGAGAGAAGAGAGGGAAAAGGAGGGGGAACUUGAAUAAGACUCCGCUGGUCUUCCAGAACCAAGGCACGCAGGCAGGGUUCUGCGUGAUUCCAUGUAUGUGCAACGGCGGGGCUAUCGUUUGCGAAUUGUGGUGUGUUAUCGGUACCGACUCAUCAGGAGCCUGCGGGUCCGGAGUUUCACGGUUGAUGAGAGCAAGCCAGCUCUGUGUCCGUUGAUUUGUAUUGGGUAGCAUAUAUUGUGAAAGGGGGAGGGGUGGGAAG